AUGUAUAUAAUUUUUUAUUUCCAAAAAUCUGGAAUGGACGAAAGCUUAACAGACUUUCAAGAGAGAAAAAAAAUUUGUACUGGACCUAAAACUAAUAAACUUAGAGUGAAGAAGCUAAUUUCCAAGAAACGAUUAAAAGGUCAAAAAGAUAUUAGAACAUUGGUAAGACCAAAGAAAAACGAACUUUUGACGUUUACAAAGGAUUUCAAUAAUGUGUGUGCUCAAGGUGGCAUAGAUGUUGACUCCCAGCAGUUGCAGCUAGCCAUAGCUCUUUCAAAAUCACUUCAGCAGUCAGAUCAGACAGAAACUGAGGAUUUUCCAACUAAUAAUUUAACCUCACAAGAGAGAACAAAUAGGAUCCGAAGAACAUUGCAAGAAUAUGGAUUCAGAAUACCACAAGCUAAGAUAAAAUUGGAAGCUUGUAAAAGAAUUAAAAAGUAUAGAAAACCAUACAAAUUGUUACAGAUAACUGAAGAAGAGAGACUUCAAAAGAUUUGUAACAGAUAUUCACAAGUAUUGUUUGACAAUCCAGAUAAAUCAUUUGAAAAAGAUACAAAUGAUUGUAAUAUUGAUAGUAAACUUUAUCACUUAGCUUCAAAUACAACAUAUGACCUUAUAAGAACAAAUAAAAUAUACAUAACAGAAAUAUUGCAUGAAAUUUCAGUUUCUAAAGGUAAUCUACUUAGAGAUUGGUCAGAUAUACCUGGUCGACCAGAAAGCCCUAAACUUGUAGAAGACUAUGUUAUAUCUAUGCAAGAUAUAGAAUGCUCCCAAAAUGAACUUGAUAUAAUUUUAAGUGGACCCUUAUAUGCAGCAAAAGAUAUUUUAAAAUCAAAAUUAAAUAAUUCAUAUCUCAAUACAAUUAAUCAAAUCUCCAGUAUUCCUGAGAUUAAUAUUACCUCUGAAAACACUGAAUCAAAAAAUAAUGAAGGUUUGAAUGAAUUACAAAGCAGUCAAGAUAAUCUGUUAACAAUGCAACAUAAGCAAAAUAGAAGUAAUUCACCAGAUAUUUUUGAUGAUGACACAUCAAUAAUUGAUCAUUCAAUUAGUGAUAAUCAAAAUGUUGAAAAAGAAAGUACCAAAAUUAGAGACAGCAAUGUUAGUAUAUUAAAUUUGACAUCAACAGAAGUUACUAAUAAAGUAGAUGCAUGUUCUCAAUCUUCAGAUAACAUAACUAAAAGAAAAUCAAAUGAUUUUAUGGAUUUAACAGAAUGUGUUCCUGUAAAAUCACAUUGUAAAAUAAAAUUACUAGAAACAACAAACAAAGUUGACUUAGCACAUAAUAGUAUGGAAUUCACAAAAUGUGUAAAUCCCAUUUCACAAGAUAGUAACAAUAGCAAAGAACAAACGAAAAAUUCUUUGAGUACUGAAGAGUGUGUUUCUUUAGAGGAAGAAGAUAAAACACGCAAUGGUAUCCCAGCUGUAGUUUCUGAAUUAGAAAAAGAGCUAGACUACUCUUCAGAUGAUACUAUUAUUCUGAAGGAUGAUUAUAUUGAUCUUACUCAGAAUUGUGGUCCAAAAGUGUUAGUAGAAGAUUCUUUGAGAGAUGAUAACAUGCAAACAAUGGAUCUUACACAAUCAUCUAAUUCUAAUGAUGAUUUACCCGUAGUGAACAUUCCUGGUACACAAAAACUUUCCCCAGAUGACACCAUUAUUGUACAAUAUGAUGGUUGUGGUGACAUACCUCAAACAAAUAUUGUAGCACCUUCAAAUUCUAUAAAACUCAAUAAUGAUGUCAUAGAAGUUAAUGAAGAUUUUCUAGAUAUUUCGAAUGAUAUUUUAACUGGAAGAAGUCCUUCUAGAACAGAAAAUAGGUCAACUAUCAUUCACAAUUCAAAGUAUAGAACUGAAGAUUUUGCAGAAAGUCAAUCAUUUAGUUCAGAAAUUGCAACAAGUUCAAAUAAAGGAAAUGGGGAUAACAUUGAUUUGACUCAAUCAUCAGAUUCCACUGUAGAUGGUUACCAUGAAAGCUCUACUGGUAAUGUAUCUGAAAAUUUACAAAUCAAUGAUUGUGAUAGCCUUGGUAAGAAAGGCGAUGUUUCUAUAGAUUAUGAUGAAAUCAAUCAAGUUGUAGAAAAUGUUAGUCCAAUAGAUGAAGAAAGAAAACAUAUUCAAUCAAGGGCAAGAAAUUUUUCUCAAUCACCUAACAAUUUGAAUAUUUCAGAUAAUUUUGAACUUUGUGAUAGAGAGUUAAACUAUUCUUUAUAUAAAUCAAGACUAGAUAUUGAUUAUGAAGGUAUUUCAAUAGUUGAUACUAACAAUGACGUCAAUUACAUUAAUAAGUCAAAAAGUACAACCUGUUAUAACAAUUAUACUAUAAAUCGAUCAUUAAGUGAGAGUGAUCUUCCAAUUAAUGAUAGAACAAAUUGCAAAGAUAAACAGUACAAUAUAACUUUGAAUAAAUCAGCUUGUUCUACUCCAAUUAAAGCAACUAUUACAAAUGAUAGGGUUUCAAUAAAAACACCAACUAAUUCCGAAUAUGUUGUUAAAUUGGGUGAAGUUACACCAAUGUUAGAUUAUGAAGCUAUGUCAAGUCCGGAAAGGAAUAAAGAAUUAGAGAAAUAUGGUUUAAAACCAUUUAAACGGAAAAGAGCCAUACAACUUCUAACACACUUAUACAACCAAACACAUCCAAUAAUAGAGCAAUGUUCAGAAGAUCCUGUGCCAUUUAAAAAAUUUAAACCUAAUUCACCAGAGAUACAUAGUUCACAAAAAAACAAUAUUAUAUUGGAUAAAGAAAAUAUUUAUAGUGAAACAAAAACUAAUCCUGAUAUUAGAAAUAUUGAAUGUUGUUCUGAUGAUUGGGUUUUUCAGAAGAGAGAGAAAGCUAAGGUGUAUUCCUGUCCAGUACCAUUACACAUAGCAUUUCACAACUAUGUGUCGUGUAGAAGACAUUUACGGGAGGCAAUACUGCGUUAUGAACCCAUUAAUAUAGAUGUUAUACAUAAAGAUCUUGUUUCAUGUGGAUUUAAAUACAAUCCUAAGGAUCUACUAAAAUUUUUGGAUAGAAAAUGCAUUACUGUGAAAACGGCUGAUAAUACAAGAAAUAAUAAAUAAUUUAUCUAACUAUUCUAACCUAUAACUAAUAUAUAACAUCAUGUGACAAGUUAAUUUCUGUGUACAGAUUAAAAUAGAACAUGGCUAGUUUGAUUUAUAUAUGACGAUGUUGACAAUUUGCCUGUGACAUAGAGACUCAAUUACGUUUUUAAACUAUUUAUAAGCCUAUUUAAUUAUAUGAUUACUUUUUGUUAUGAU